CUGCUUCUCGUGGGUCUGGGAAGCAUCCGCAACUACUGCCUUCAACUCCAAGGUGGGCUGUCGCUAAUGGUGCCGGUGUCAUUUUAAGUGUUUGUGAUGAGGAAGUUGCUCGCUACGAGACUGCUACCCUGACUGCAGCCGCUGUUCCUGCACUUCUGCUUCCACCUCCAACGACGCCUAUGGAUGAGCAUCUCGUUGCAGGACUGCCAGCACUUGAGCCAUAUGCACGUUUAUUUCAUCGAUAUUAUGCAAUUGCUAGUCCAAGUGCCACCCAGAGGCUUCUUGUUGGACUUUUAGAAGCUCCACCAUCUUGGGCUCCGGAUGCACUUGAUGCUGCCGUACAACUAGUGGAACUUCUACGAGCAGCUGAAGAUUAUGCAUCUGGAUUGCGUCUUCCUAGGAAUUGGAUGCAUUUGCAUUUCUUGCGUGCAAUUGGAAUUGCCAUGUCCAUGAGAGCAGGAAUUGCUGCAGAUUCUGCAGCGGCUUUACUUUUCCGAAUACUUUCUCAACCUGCUUUGCUUUUUCCCCCCUUACGGCAAGUUGAAGGAAUUGAAGUUCAACAACAUGUGGGUACAGAAGCCACCAUUGAAGCCACAGUUGAAGUCACUGCCCAAGGGAUUGCAUCAAUGCUUUGCGCACAUGGUCCAGAGGUUGAAUGGAGAAUAUGUACCAUCUGGGAAGCUGCCUAUGGCUUGAUUCCUUUAAGUUCAUCUGCGGUUGAUCUCCCUGAAAUUGUAGUUGCUACCCCUCUACAACCACCCAUUCUUUCAUGGAACUUGUAUAUACCCCUCCUUAAGGUUCUAGAGUAUCUUCCUCGUGGGAGUCCAUCGGAAACUUGUCUCAUGAAAAUAUUUGUUGCUACCGUUGAAGCAAUUCUCCAGAGAACGUUCCCACCUGAUUCCUCUAGAGAGGAAAACAGAAAAACCAGAUACGUUUUUGGCUCUGCCUUCAAGAACCUUGCUGUGGCAGAAUUGCGAACCAUGGUUCAUUCGUUGUUCUUGGAGUCAUGUGCCUCUAUAGAGCUUGCUUCUCGUCUUCUUUUCGUUGUCUUAACUGUAUGUGUCAGCCACGAAGCAAAACCAAAUGGGAAUAAAAGGCCUAAAGGUGAAGAUUCUCACCCACCUAGUGAAAUAGGGGUAGAUACACUCACAAUCGUUGGAGAACAGAAAAAGAUAGGAAAUAAGAAAGUGAAAAAACAAGGACCUGUCGCAGCAUUUGAUUCUUAUGUUCUUGCAGCUGUCUGUGCUCUUUCUUGUGAACUUCAGCUCUUUACUUUGAUUUCAAGAGGGACUAAUCAGCCAGAUCCGAAAAUCAUCAUGGAUGAAGCAAAACCUGCAAAUGAUUCAUCUAUUGAGUUACAAAAUGGGAUUCAUUCUGCCGUCUGUCAUACUCGGAGGAUAUUGGCAAUUUUAGAGGCACUGUUUUCGUUGAAGCCAUCUUCUGUUGGAACUUCAUGGAGCUACAGCUCAAAUGAGAUAGUUGCUGCAGCUAUGGUAGCUGCUCAUAUUUCUGAUCUGUUUAGACGCUCCAAGGCUUGCAUGCGUGCUCUUUCUAUCUUGAUACGGUGUAAGUGGGAUAAUGGAAUCCAUUCCAGGGCAUCUUCACUAUAUAACCUAAUUGAUAUUCAUAGCAAAACUGUCGCAUCAAUUCUCAACAAGGCUGAACCAUUGGAAGCUUAUUUAAUACAUGCACCAGUACUAAAGGAGCGGCCCAGAUGCUUAAAUGGGAAAAACAUUAUAAAUACACAAGUCGUAACUGCUUAACAGCAGAACAGCCAUCAGUAAGGCUCACACUCAAGUGAGGUUGCAGGGUGCACCAUCAGCAAAGUGUUUGCAAAUUUCUCUUUAGAUGCUUCAGAUUUGGCCAAUUUUCUGACAAAGGACAGGCAUAUAGGAUUUAAUUGCAAUGCACAAGAUCUUUUAAAAUCAGUGCUUGCGGAGAAACAAGAAUUAUGUUUUUCAGUUGUCUCAUUGCUCUGGCACAAGUUGAUUGCAUCACCUGAAACUCAACCCAGUGCAGAAAGCACUUCUGGCCAGCAAGGAUGGAGACAGGUGGUCGAUGCACUAUGCAAUGUUGUAUCAGCGUCACCUGGAAAAGCUGCAACAGCCAUUGUUCUUCAGGCUGAGAGGGAAUUGCAACCAUGGAUUGCUAAAGAUGAUGAUCUUGGUCAGCAGAUGUGGAGAAUCAACCAACGUAUAGUAAAAUUGAUCGCAGAACUAAUAAGGAAUCAUGAUAUAGCAGAAUCUUUGGUUAUUCUGGCUAGUGCCCCAGACCUCCUUUUACGGGCCACAGAUGGGAUGCUUGUCGAUGGAGAAGCAUGCACCUUACCGCAACUGGAGCUUCUGGAAGUGACAGCUAGAGCAAUUCAACCAGUGCUUGACUGGGGAGAAUCUGGACAGGCAGUUGCUGAUGGCCUCACAAACCUCCUGAAGUGUCGCUUAACAGCCACAGUUCGUUGUGUUUCUCAUCCAAGUGCGCAUGUCCGUGCUCUCAGCACAUCGGUUCUUCGUGCCAUUAUGUUUGCUGGUUCAGUAAAACCGUCAAGUGCUAAACAAGCAGAUGUAAAUGGUAUCCACAGUCCUGCUUAUCAGUACCUAAGCAUAAGCAUCAUUGACUGGAAAGCGGAUAUUGAGAAAUGUUUGAUGUGGGAAGCAAAUAGCCGGCUUGAAAAUGGAAUGUCUGCUCAAUUUCUUGGUACUGCUGCUAGGGAAUUAGGCUGUACUAUAUCAAUCUGAAAACUCACUAUUCUGUACUUAUCUUGGUAAAGUCACUUUUUGUUGGCUUGAGGAUGAGGAAAGGACAGAAUGCAUAUGAUUUGUAGUUAGAAAAUGAUAUUUAAAGAGUCCUUUCGCCCAUCCAUGAUUGGUGUACAAUGGAAUGUAGAUAGUCCUCCUCUAUUUUUAUGUUUGUUGUAUGUCCAGAAACGAACAUGUUUGUGAAAGUAGUAGAUGUAACAGUUUAUAUUCGAGUGACUUACAAAAGGCUGGCUCAGCUUUAGAAUUUUUCCUCGAGUCUCCUCCAUGUAAUAACACUUUGUUGUACAUUCAGCAAGUAAAUCAUAUUUGGAGUUUUUGUUUUCUGA